AUGGGUAGCGUCAACAUUCGUCGCGAUGUCGCGGAUCCUUUCUACCGCUACAAGAUGGAGCGCCUCCAGGCGAAAAUCGAAGGCAAGGGCAACGGUAUCAAGACCGUCAUCGUCAAUCUCGCCAACGUGGCCGGUCAGCUUGCACGACCCGGAAACUACGUCAUCAAAUAUUUCGGUUUCGAACUCGGCGCCCAGACCAACAUUGAUCCCAAGGAUGAUCGCUGGAUCAUCAACGGUGCUCAUGAUGCAAGUAAGCUGCAAGACUACCUCGAUGGGUUCAUCAACAAAUUUGUUCUCUGCAAGGAGUGCAAGAACCCGGAAACCGUCAUCAACAUCAAGGAUCAGAAGCUUCUGAUGGAUUGCAAAGCCUGCGGCAAAAUCUCCACGGCAGACCCUACCCAAAAGCUGACGGCUUUCAUUUUGAAGAGCGCGCCCAAGAAGGGAAAGAAGGACAAGUCGACCAAGAAGGCUGACCGUAAGGCUCGCAAGGAGGCUGAGCGAAAUGGCAACGCAGAUGACAACGAUGCCAAUGGCGACGGACCCAGUCCCGGUGACAGUGGCUCUGACCAUGCCGGCGACGAGAAUGGCAAUGACGAGGCCGAUGCCAAUAGCGACGAUGACCUCACUCGCAGGAUUAAUGCUGAAGCAAAGGAACUCCAUGAAUCUGAGGUCAAGGAGAAGGAUAUUCAAUGGUCUGUUGACAUGUCUGAAGAGGCUGUGAAGGCACGCGCCAAGGCUCUCCCGGAUGAUCUGAAAUCUAGCUUGGUGCUUGAAGACGGUGAUGAUGAAGAAAAAGAGGGCAGCAGCUAUGAUGUCCUUGGCAAGUGGAUCGAAGAGAGGGCUGAAGCCGAGGGGCACGUCAGCAAGGUCAAGGACGUUGACAUUUUCCUCAAGGCUAAGGAGCUCGGUAUUGAGAGCAAGCACAAGACCUGCACCGUUCUCGCUCAGUGCGUCUUCGACGACGACAUUGUCAAGCAAAUCCCUGCUCGUGCUGCCAUGCUCAAGCGGAUCAUCGUCUCGGAACGUCACGAAAAGUCUUUCUUGGGCGGGCUCGAGCGUUUUAUUGGUCUCGACAGACCUAACCUUAUCCCGCUCGUCUCGGCCAUUCUGCUCAGCGCCUACAAUUCUGAUGUGCUUACUGAGGAAGUCCUCACUGCGUGGGGUAACAAGGCUAGCAAGAAGUACGUAGACCUGUCGACUUCCCGCAAAGUCCGCAAGAGCGCUGAAAAGUUCCUGGAAUGGCUUGCCACCGCUGAGAGCGACGAGGAUGAUGAGGACGACGAGGACGAGGACGAAGACGACGAAUAG